AUGAACGCCGUCCGCAACCUCUUUCCCCAUCCUCACACUUUCUUCCCCAGUCAUUAUCGACAGAGCAGUAAUGCUAGUAAACCGUACCAUUAUGCCCCAGGAUGGUAUUAUCAUCCAGAAUCUGCUUCCUCGCCUAUCAAACUCUCGUCCGAGGAUGUCAAUAACUCUCCACGACGACGACACCGACAGCAGAGAAAUGAUUAUGAAUAUAGCCCUAGCUUACCAGUCAACAAAGGGGAGAAUGCAAAAAGUAGAAGGAGAAAUGAAGCGGAUUUUCCAAGACAUGGAAGAGCUGAAGACUUUUCCAAAAGACAAGGUGAAGGAAAUGGGGUCUUCGCCGCUACGAAAAAUGGUAGGAAGGGUAUCGAGAACAUGGAAAGGGAGAGAGAGGUGGAAAUAGAAAUGGAGAUUCAGAGGAGAGUCGAUGGGAUAAUAGAAGUGCAAGACGCGAUAUCUCGAGAACAGGAUAGGAUUGAGGAUGAGUGGAUGUUUCUUGAGAGAGCCUGGGAGGUAUUGGGAGAGUGUAGGGGGAUAAAUUUGGAGAGGGAGAGAGAUUUCAGAGAAUGGAUUUUGGCGGAAAGAAGUUUGAAUGGCGGAAGUGGUCGAGUUGGAAGUGAUCGGCGGUACAGACAGUGGAAUGAAGGGAGACGGGAGGAUACGGAUGCUAGCAAUCCAGAUAUGAGGGGGUGGUAUUAG